GGCCUGGCGUUGGGCGAUUAAAAGAAGGCCCAAUUGAAGUAGGGUUUAGGAGGAGUGUAAAAGGAGGGGAGAGGCAGCUCUUUGUGAACCCUCUCAUUUGUUUUAUCCCGCCGCAGCAGCAGCUCGAGCUUGUAAUCAAAGCUUCGCAAACAUGGGUAUUUCUCGUGAUUCCAUGCACAAGAGGCGUGCCACUGGUGGCAAGAAGAAGGCCUGGAGGAAGAAGAGAAAGUAUGAGUUGGGAAGGCAGCCUGCCAACACUAAGUUGUCGAGCAACAAGACUGUUAGGAGGGUACGUGUUCGAGGUGGGAAUGUCAAGUGGCGUGCUUUGAGGUUGGACACUGGAAAUUACUCUUGGGGUAGUGAGGCUGUCACCCGCAAGACUAGGAUUCUGGAUGUUGUUUAUAAUGCAUCCAACAAUGAGCUGGUCAGGACACAAACUUUGGUGAAGAGUGCCAUUGUUCAGGUUGAUGCUGCACCGUUUAAGCAAUGGUAUCUUCAGCACUAUGGUGUUGAAAUUGGCCGCAAGAAGAAAUCUGCUGCUAAGAAAGAAGGAGAGGAGGGCGAGGCUGCUACCGAGGAGGCAAAAAAGAGCAAUCAUGUCGUGAGGAAAAUACAGAGUCGCCAAGAGGAUCGUAAGAUUGACGCCCAUAUUGAAGAGCAGUUUGGAGGUGGUCGUCUAUUAGCUGCAAUCUCAUCACGACCCGGUCAAUGCGGUCGCGCUGAUGGGUACAUUUUGGAAGGCAAGGAGUUGGAGUUCUACAUGAAGAAACUCCAGAGGAAGAAAGGAAAGGGUGCAGCAGCCUAAAUGGAGUUAGAUUGAGAAUGUUUUUGCGUCACUUUCUUUUUUGUAAUUUUCUUUGUAUGGAACCUUGAGAAAUAUUCACCCCGAAGUCUAUUUAAAUGUUGUUUCUCACAA